AUGCACCUCCACGGGCGGCUCGGCUGCGAGCACGCGUACCCCGACGAGCUGAAGGACCUCACGCCGCUCGAGGAGAAGCUCAUCUCGCUCAACUCGUGCUACGGCUUCGUGACCAAGUACAGCAUCCCCGGCGGCCAUCGGCAGAGCGUGCUCCCGCACCCGCUAGUCAGGGUCAUGGACGAGAUCCACGUCUCGUGGCAGGGCGCCGAGAGGCCCGGGCCGCGGGACCUAUCGGGCCUGCUGUCGGUAAGGCGGUCGGCGGUCGAGAGGGCGCUGGCCUGGCUCAAGGAGAACAACCCGCUCUACGGCGAGGUCGAGAUCGACGCAGCGGAGAUGGCCAGCUGGGGGACGCCGCCGCACGGGGUGCCGCCGGUGGUGUGCGAGCGGCUGGAGCGAAACGAGCCGUCGGCGCGGGAGAGGACGCGGACGGCGCAGGUGGUGCCGCCGUCGGAGCGGGCCAUGGACGACGGAGGCGCGGCCGAGAUCGAGGAGAUCAUCGCGAUGCUAAGGCAGGGGCGGGACCCCGCCGAGGGGGGCCGCGACGUCGGGCUCACGUGCGAGGACGACGAUAGGGACGCCGCUAGGCCCGAAGAGGACGGGGACGUAAUCAACGAGGUGACGUCUUCCGGCAUGUUCCCGUUGGACGGGGCGCCAGAGGUGGCCGAUGCCGAGAUGAUUCUCUUCGCCCGCGGUGCCGUCGGGCCCGAGGGAGCGCGCGCCGGCCCGAGGACGUGGGUAGGGACGGCGGCCGGAGGGACGGCGGCCGACAGCAACGGCGGCGACGGCGAGCCGUACAUAGAGGUGCGGCGCGGCGACGACUUCGCCGACUCGGCGGACGCCUCCUUCUUCGCUAAGGCCUUCCCGACCCUGUUCCCCUUUGGCGUAGGGGGGCCGAGGCUCGCCGACGAGGGCGCUGCGGUGGAGAACGCAGCGCCUAGCGUCGGGAACCGGGGCGCCAAACGCUGCAGGGUUUGA